AUGGCUUUCGGUGCUCCAAGAGGUAGAGGUGGUUCCAGAGGUGGAGCCCCAAGAGGUGGUUCAAGAGGUGGCUUUGGUGGUGGAAGAGGUGGUUCCAGAGGUGGCUUCGGUGGUGGUAGAGGUGGUGCUCGCGGUGGUGCUCGUGGCGGUGCCCGUGGCGGUGCUCGCGGUGGUGCUCGUGGUGGUGCCCGUGGUGGUAGAGGUGGUGCUCGUGGUGGUGCCCGUGGUGGUGCUAAGGUUGUCGUUGAACCUCACAGACAUGCUGGUGUUUUCAUUGCCAGAGGUAAGGAGGAUUUAUUGGUAACCAAGAACAUGGCCCCAGGUGAAUCUGUUUACGGUGAAAAGAGAAUUUCCGUUGAAGAACCUGCCAAAGAAGAAGGUGCUGCCGUUACCAAGACUGAAUACCGUGUCUGGAAUCCUUUCAGAUCCAAGUUGGGUGCUGGUGUUAUGGGUGGUAUUGAUGAAUUAGGUAUUGCCCCAGGUAAGAAGGUUUUGUAUUUGGGUGCUGCUUCUGGUACAUCUGUUUCUCACGUUUCUGAUAUUGUUGGUCCAGAAGGUAUUGUCUACGCUGUUGAAUUCUCUCACAGACCAGGUAGAGAAUUGGUUUCAAUGGCUACCAAGAGACCAAAUGUUAUUCCAAUCAUUGAAGAUGCUCGUCACCCUCAAAAAUACAGAAUGUUGAUUUCCAUGGUUGAUGUUGUUUUCGCCGAUGUUGCUCAACCUGAUCAAGCUCGUAUCAUUGCCUUGAACUCUCAUUUGUUCCUUAAGGAUCAAGGUUUGGUUGUUAUCUCCAUUAAGGCCAGUUGUAUUGACUCCACUGUCGAUGCCGAAACCGUUUUCGCCAGAGAAGUGCAAAAGUUAAGAGAAGAAAGAAUUAAGCCUUUAGAACAAUUGACUUUGGAACCUUAUGAAAGAGAUCAUUGUAUUGUUGUUGGUCGUUAUGUCAGAAGUGGUUUGAAGAAAUAA